AUGUCGCUCGCGCGCCUCAUGCCGGGGCUUGCUGAGCUCGGGGAGCCAGCGCCCCCCUCACAGACUCCUGAAGACCCUGAUUCCCAAGCCCCCAGCAGAAAGCGGCCUCGUCUCGAGGAGCCUGGUGGUGCCUCUGAGGCGGCGUGGAGGCUGCCUUUGGUGCCUCGCUUGUCUGAGGUGGAGAAAGAGUGGGCGCUGCCGCCCAGACCCUUCAGGGCGCUGCUUGCUUCAGCUGACGUGGUUUUCGAGAACUCCACAGGCUCGCGUGUGGAGAAGUCAGCCGGGGGGAAGCAGACGAGAAAGCCGGAAUGCCAGAAUAGCAAAUUCGAGAUGAAUGGUUGUUUGCAGUCUCCCCCCUCGCAAAGUGUUGAUUCUGGUUGGAGGGCUUCCAGAAGGUUCUCUGAACCAGGACCCCACGACAAGGAGGGUUUCGGUGUGCCCCACUGGGACAGAGCCCAAGCUGAGGCUGGUCAGCUUCGGCCCAGCCCCUCCACACACGACAUGCAGGGACUUAAAAACGAGCAUGGACAACAGUACUUAGUCCAAGGGAGAGACAACAGUCAGAAAGACAAUAGUCACAGAAAACAGACAGAAAAUCUAUUGUUGGACGUUACCUUUUACCAGGAAACGAAACCAACAUGUCCUGAAAUUAAGAACAGAUGUAAAAUUGACAGUGUUACACCAUCAAAUAAGCAAGAAAAUAAUAUUUCAGCAUCUAUGCUAAAAAUAUCAAAAUCUCAAAACCAGCCCGGCAUGAAAAUGGCCGAACCCAGCUUUUCUAGAGAUAGCAGCACAAUACAUAACCCCGAGUUUCCAGCUGAUUUAAAGUGCAAACUGGCCCCUGUCUAUUUAAAGGAAAGAGCAAAGAAAAGGAAUGACAAAAAUGAGACAUAUGUUACAGAUUUCACAAACAUUUACGGGUCCCAAAAUAGACUGAAUGUUAAGCAUAAGUUCCUGGAUGAUAAAAAGUUUGUGGAUGCAGAAAAUAUGUUUUCUGAAUGUUAUGAAAGUAAGGACCAGUCAGUCAGCAACCAAAGUAUUUGUGUGGGGGAAAAAAACUUGAUCAGUUUACCCCACUAUAACCACAGUAUCAAAUCUAAUGUAAGAGAUCCUGAUAAGAAUUUUACCAUAAACCUACAAAAUGCAAAUUGGAAAGAAGCAGAAACAUGCCUGAACAGUUACAUAUCUACCAGAUCAGAAAAAUGUCAAAGCAAGAACUAUAAUAUUGGACAUAUUUUGAGAGAAAAUAGGGAAAACAGCUGGAUUCUGCAUAAUUACCAAACGAAAUGUGGAAACAUGAAAAAAACUGGAGGAAAAUGGAAUUUGCUGCAAUCAGCAGAAAUAGCUCUUUUAAGCACAGACAAUUAUUGUAAUACCAAAGCCAUGAAUACACGUGAAAAACAGUCAAAGCUUCUCAUGAUAGGAGCACUGGGUAGACAAAAAGCUUUAAUAAAUUUUUUUUGGCUCAGUGGUAAAGGAGACAACAAUAAUAUGCUACAGGUGAAAUAUUAUACUUCAGAAAAAGACUUUAAUUUAAGCAAUAUUUUUGAGAAUUUCAUUACAGAAAGGUUUUAUUUCCAUAAAAGUAUUUCAGCAAAUGAAGAUGAUAAUAGUAUUUUAGCCUGGCAUGAAAUGCUGAAGUGUCUAAAGCAAACUGAUGUUCAAAAUCUAAUAAUUAGGAAUAUAAAUGUCAAUAAGAGGAAUAACAUUUUAAGCAUAUAUUUACAAACCAGUGCUUCAAAACCUCUAAAUAUCAUAUUGAAAGCCAACAUAGCUUCUUUGCUCAAUAACUUUGACUGUUUAACCGGAACUGAAAAUGAUUCUAAAUAUGAAGAGGGAUGCAUUUUCAAAUGGAUAAUGUGUUUGAAUUAUCCAAAAAAUAUUAUAGUGAAAACUUGUAUUGUAUAUCUAGGAAGGACUUUAACUUUUUCAAUACCAUUAGGAGAUCAUAUGAAAUCUUUGUUAGAGAAGAAAAAGCUAUUUAAAACUGAACAAGUUUUUGAAGAGUUUAAGAAAAAUCCCAUCAAUUCCUUCAGUAUGACAACUAAAAAUAUGGAUUUAAUGGGCUUUGAUGACAUAGAUGAAAUUUCUUUGACAAAAGAAAUUAGUUACAAGAGUAAAACUUCUAAACAAGUCAUGAAUGUGAAAAAUCGGGCUCACUAUAGUAUGAAUACAGUGAAAAUACAUGUUAAAUCUCUUCCUCAAUUCAUACAGAAAACCCAUGUUUAUAUUAAUGAAAAAUUUUCUGAAAUAAAUAUGCACAACAGAAAGUUAGAUACUGAAAGAAAACGGCAGCAUAACAAGACUAGUAGCUUUAAUUUUAAGUUCAUUUUGGAGAAUUUCUUCAAUGUUAGGCAACAAGCUAUACCAAUAACCCGCUACACAAAACACACUGAACAAACCAAUCCCAUGAUUAUAACUCAGGUGCAAAAUGUUGGGAGCUUGCAAAGAAGUGAAAUUGAAGCAAAAAAACAUGACUUAAUUUUGAAGGAGGAAGAAAAAGUCACAGCACAAAGUUUAACAUACAGUUGCCAAGUUCAUAAAGAUAUUAAGAUUGCAAAGAAAGAGAAAAAUAGUUUUUGUUCAAUGGAUGACAUGUUUUCUGUGCAACUAGUUUCCUUAAUGAGUAAGAAAGUAAAUGUAGAAGAAACUAAAUAUACUAAUCAAAAUAAUCUAGCUGACAGAAAUGAAUAUGAGAGUAUUAUGCAAGAACGUGAGUUAGCUAAUUCAAAGCAUUUUUAUCCAAAGAAUGACUCUACAGAAUGUAUUAAACAUCAUUUUGAAAGUGAUCUGAGUGUAGGGAACAAUGAAUGUUUUCAGGAUUUAACUGCCAAGUGUUUAUCAACAGAAGCUAUGACAAUAGCCAAAGAUUUUGAGAUGAAGAGUAAAUUUGAUUUAGUACUUGAAGAACUUCAUAUGUUUCAUGAAAUCAGUAAGGAAAAUGAAAUUCUAAGCACCGUGGAAACAAACAAUGCGCAAGAAAAUUACUUUGGAGAAAAUAAUGAUGUCGAGGAGGUAAAAACGAAGAUAAAAAAAGAUUUGAAAAUGGGUACAGUCAACAAAAUGUGUGCCUCUUCUUUGCUCUGUGAUACUAUAGCAGGUUCUAAUAGGAAUAAAAGACAUCAACAUUUAUUUAAAUGGGAAACAAUACCCAGAAAUAGAGAACAGGAAGUUCCUAACGACUAUUCCUGUUUAAGAAUACCAGAGGAAGACUUACUCUGUUCUACUUCUGAGGAAGAUUAUGAGAAACCUAUACCCCAAAGACCUGCUUUUUUCUCUGAUGAAUUUAAGGAAGAAAAAAUUAAUUAUUUAAUAAAAAGAGGUAAUAAUUUUUCACAUGGAAUUUCAAGAGUACUACCUCUUAAGACAUGCAGUCGACCAAUCAGAGUUGGUUUGUCAAGAAAAGUUAAGCUUAAACAACUUCAUCCAUAUCUAAAGUAA